UAAAAGCUAAACCUUCGAUAGAAACAUUACAGUCAAUAGUAUUUCAUUCUCCGGAUACCUUUAGUUUCUGAAGUGUGAUUGCUUGCUAAAUUCGAUAACCUGAAAAUGAAAUUCAUUAUAAUCCCACUAUUAUGUACAAGUUUAACCGCAUCUUUCGCUCAAACGAUUGCCGUAGACAAAGUGGUUCGCAAUUUCCUAUUAGAGGGUUUGUGGGCCGAUGAACACGUUAUAUCAGAGCAUUCGACAAGAAGUGUGUCCGAAUGCGCAAUGAAAUGUAGACUCACGGACACAUGCGCAUCGUUCUUCUAUAGACCUGUUGCACCGCAGUGUCAGCUCAUCCCUUUUAUACGGUACAUACCCGAGUUUCUAAUCCAGUCCGCUGGAUCAAAGUACUACACACUGGAAUCAGCUACGAACUUUUCUCUUCCCCCUACACCCGCCGACCCAUUUUCGUACAACACGUUUUUGCUGUCUGACGGCUCCGUAACAUCCUUCCGAGUGGUUCAAACGAGAAUGAACUUCACGGCGGCCCAAGACAACUGCGCAGCUGACGGGGCGACACUGGCUCGCAUUACAACCGUACCAAAGAUGCAGCUGUUUCAGUACAUCUUGAGGUCCUGGGGAGGAAAUCCGGAAUUAUCUGACCAUUGGAUAAGUGGUUUGCCUCAAGGUGGUCAAUGGGUAACUGAACUUAAUGAAGUCAUUCCGCCAACAAGGGACUUCUGGCUUCCACAAAUCUUGAGCGCCUACUCAAACCAAGAACCAGAAUUGCGUGUCGUAAUGUUUUACAUGUCAUUUUUUUUCAACCGCCUACAUUAUUCAGAAGGUCUUUUCUCCAUUUGUGAAAAAUUAUAAAUCGCUGUGAUGAAUACUUUUUAUUACAACAAUAACUAUAAACGACACUUCAAAAACACUUUUGUUGUCAUUUAACAACAUGCACAACACAUAUUAAUGACAAUUUCUUUCAACAAAUUC